ACUAUUGCUGCUCCCAUUCAAUACUUGUGCAAUCUAUCAUCACUCAAGUUGCAAAAGAAUCGACUCACUACCCUUCCUCGAGAACUAUGGCGGUUAAGCAACCUUCAAGAACUAAAUGUGGGCUACAACGAAUUGACCCAAAUCCCACCCGACAUUGCACGAUUGACCAACCUUCGCGAACUGUAUAUCCAUAACAACCGCAUUCCGGAACUCCCUUCGCAGAUUGGUCAGUUACAGCAAUUGGAAAUGCUCGAUGUCACUCGUAACCAGCUAAGGUGUCUGCCGGUGGAAUUAAAAAAGCUGUCGUUG